AUGGGUAGAGGUCGUGCCCCUUGCUGCGAUAAAACCAAGGUGAAAAGGGGACCAUGGAGCCCCGCGGAGGAUUUGAGGCUUAUGAGUUUUAUUCAGAAACAAGGACAUAGCAAUUGGCGAUCUCUCCCUAAAGAAGCAGGACUAUUGCGAUGUGGAAAGAGUUGUCGUUUGAGGUGGAUCAAUUACCUAAGACCUGACGUAAAACGAGGAAACUUCACACCUGAGGAAGAGGAAACCAUAAUCAAACUGCACAAUUCUUUUGGAAACAAGUGGUCAAAGAUUGCUUCUCAUUUGCCAGGAAGAACUGAUAAUGAGAUUAAAAAUGUGUGGAAUACAUACUUGAAGAAAAGAUUAAGUAGGAAAACUGAAGCCAGUGAUUCUCCAAUGGAUUAUUCUGAUUCUCCAUCUAGUCCAUCAAGUUCAAUUACAUCAAAUGAAGAUCAAAUCAUGGAAAUGACAGAUCAAACGGUUCAAGAACCCAAUGCCAAAAAAUCUAAUGAGAAACCCGAGUUCCUAAAAGUAAUGUCGAAACAUCCUAGUGAUGAACCAAAAGAAACUGCAAGUUAUGAUUCUCCUACAUCUUCGUAUGCAUCAAACUUCUGUAACGUUAGCGGGGCUAUUGUUACAAGGCCGGAGGAGAGAAAGGGGUCAACUACUUCAGAUGAAAAAAAUGAAAUCCCUUUUGAGUCGGAUAUUGACUUUUGGAACUUGUUGGAUACCUUGGAUCCUUAUCAUACUACUAACUCGGAAAAAAAUGAAGAUGAAAAUUCAAAUGCCGCGGCAAAACUAGACGAUGAAAAUGAAUGCAAGGAGUGGUUAAGAUACUUGGAGAAUGAACUUGGACUAACUGGAGGAAAUGGUAGUGACAAUCUGCCAAAUACAGAGCAUACAACAAGUUUACACCAGGAGAUAAACUUUGAACCAGAAGUAGUUUAUUUUCCCAUAUGGCCUUCUUCACCUCAAAAUUUUGGCAUCUAG